AUGCCCAAAUCGGCAGAGGCGACACCACCUGCACAACCUUCACAAUCGCCAAUGCGACGGGACGUCACUGUCGUUGAAAAAAGCCCCGACUCCCUUAGUGACAGUGAAGGAGUGGGGGGUAUUUCUGAUGACGAUGACAGCCCGGCACCAUCAACAGGCAGACCUCAGCAAGAAGAUCAGACUAGUCAAAGAACAGCGUCUGGCAACACAGCAAAGGAAAAGAGCGAGAUGCAGACAAAGAGUUCAGCUCAGCAACAGCCUGCCACAACUCCCCAAAGCAAAGAAAAUGACGCGGCACCAGAAAAACCAGAAACCAGAGACUUGCAGCAACUACCCCAAAAAUCAAUUCCUUUUAAGAUUGUUCAAGUGCCAGUCAAAAGUCUCUCCACCGUACAGAAUGCUGGCGGAGCAGGGACGAAGGAUGGACAAAAGCCUCAAACUCAGCGAGUCACGUUGCAUCAGUGGGUGUCACAGAUUGCUUCUAACACAAUGUCGCUCCCCGCCUUGCCGCCUCUUCCAGCUGGAUCGCUGCUUGACGACGAACCGAGGCUGAGCAUUAGAAGGAAGAAGCAGUUCAGACACGUGGUCGACAGAUACAACUGCACCGUGUGCGAUAAGAGCUUCCCCUAUCAGUCCAAGCUGAUGGAUCAUCAGCGCAUCCACACAGGCGAGAAGCCUUUCACGUGCACGGCCUGCAACAAAAGUUUCCGCACGCAGGGUUUUCUCAACAACCACCUGAAGACCCACAGCACUAUGCGUCCUUACGCCUGCGGCCAGUGUGGCAAGUGUUUUGCCAAACUGCAGAGCCUCACAAAGCACAUACUCGCCCACAACGGCCAAAAGCCUUUCUUCUGUAACAUCUGCAACAAGGGCUUCACGCAGUCCACCUACUUCAAAAGGCACAUGGAAUGUCACACGAGCCAUAUGACGUUUCCCUGCAAGCACUGCAACAAAACCUUCCCAACGGUGUUCAAGCUGACCAACCACGAGCGCUGGCACACCAGAGACCGGCCCCACAUGUGCGAGCGUUGCGGAAAGAGAUUCCUUGUCCCCAGCUUGUUGAAGAGGCACAUGGGCUACCACAUCGGCGAUCGCCAGUAUCUCUGUUCCCAGUGCGGGAAAACCUUCGUUUACCUGUCUGACCUGAAGAGGCAUCAGCAAGACCACAUACCCAAAGCAAAGAUCCCCUGUCCUGUCUGCCAAAAGAAAUUCUCCAGUAAGUACUGCCUCAGAGUUCAUCUUCGGAUCCACACCAGAGAGAGACCGUACAGGUGCACCUUGUGUGAUAAGACCUUCACACAGGUUGGAAACCUGAAGGUCCACAUCAGGUUACACACCAACGAGCGACCAUUCAGCUGCGAUGUCUGCGGGAAAACCUACAAGCUCGCUUCCCAUCUGAACGUCCACAAACGGACGCACACCUGCAAAAAGCCCUGGACAUGUGACACGUGCGGGAAGGGAUUCUCUGUUCCCGGCCUUCUUAAAAAACACGAGCAGCUGCACACGAGGGAGGCAAACCCCGAUUUCACUAGAAAACGGGCACACAGGGGAAAGCACAAGAAGCACUCCCUCAAUAGGAAAUAUGAAGAUGAAGAAGAGGGCAGCGAUGACUAUUAA